AUGAGUGUGAAGGGCAUGGUUCUAGCCUUGGCUGUGCUCUUCUGUGCUACAACUGUCCAAGGCUUCCCCCCCAUGUUCAAAAGGGGUCGGUGUCUUUGCACAGGCCCUGGAUUGAAAGCAGUGAAAGUGGCUGACAUUGAGAAAGCCUCCAUACUUUACCCAAAUUACAACUGUGACAAACUAGAAGUGAUUAUCACCCUGAAAUCAAAGAAAGGACAACAAUGCCUAAAUUCCAAAUCCAAGCAAGCAAACCUUAUGAUCAAGCAAAUUCAAAGAAAGAAUUCUGAAAAAUAUUGAAGCAUAUGA